AUGCCAUUCUUUGCUAAGCUUGCGGGGCCAUUAGCCCGCUAUGCAACGAUACCCACAGCCGCAGCGCCAAGCUCGGCGAUAGCGUCGAGCUCCGCUAUACCUAAUGGUGCCGUGCCCUCCUUGUCCGUGGACACCAAGCCCAACGCGGCGAUAGCUUCUCCGCAGACUGGAUCGUCGGAAAAUGAACCUGCGACUGCCAAGGUUAUGCUGACUACAGAUUCGCUACCCUUCAACGACACAUAUACCAUUCGGAAACCGCAAACUCGCUCCGAGUCGGUGCCGAUGCCAGGCCGCCGUCGCAGCGCCAGUUUAAGCCGUGUCGAUACGGAGCGUCGUGCGCGAAUGGGCAACAUCCGUCGGAACUCUGUGACGGCGCAUUCCACAGGGAGGACCAUUACUUUCGCACAAUCUGUUGCGCCGCAUGCCGAUCCUCACAUAAGUAUGACGCCUCAGGAAGAGAGUGUUCUCUUGGCGUUGGCCGCGGAUGGCAAUGUUGAGCAAGCUGUACAGUCCUAUCUUGCUCUUCCCUCCGAUGCACGCACGCUGUAUGGUGUACGCACUAUGCUGGAAGCUGUGCUGCGCUCGCCAGCGCCUUUAGCUCCCUCUUCCACGCCUGUGCCACUGCACAAUGUGGACACUAUGUACACCCUUUACCAAGGCAUCAGAGCAUGGGACCAACCUGCACUGGACUCUAAGGCCUAUGCCAUCGUCAUUGAUGCGUUAUGUCGGCGCGACCUUGAGGUGGUAGCGCGAUCCCCAGAGGCUGCACCACAUCGUGUUGCGACCGAUUACUUGGCGCUAGCCCUCCAAGUCGCUACGCAAGCGCACGCACUCAAGCGCGUAUUUGACUCCACAGUCCCGUACAACCAGCUUCUGCAAUGCUGUGUUCCUCGUGGCGAUACCUCGACGGCUGUUGCUGUGCUAGCACUUUUAGAGAGCAAUCUCAAGACGACGAAAGACGCCGAGUCAUACAUGCUGCUUCUACAGAUCUUUAUGCACCAAGAUGUGCCUCAGCUUCCUGACGAGACUUUGGAGGACAAACGUGUGAGGUGCCUGCAAGCGUGUCAGCUCAUCUUUACGACGUUCCAGCGGGUUGCUACAGCAAAACUGCUUAUCGAGCCUCAAGCGCCUGGAUUUUCGCGCGAGCAAUGUGCACGUGUGUGGGCUUGUAUGUUUGACGUACACUUUGCGUUGGGCGAUCCAUUCGGUGCUGUGGCGCUCUUUGAGCGAAUGCUUGGCCAAGCUGCCACAGACCGUUCUACCCCUGUGUUGGACGAGCAAGUGGUCAGUCGCAUGAUCAUGGGCUUCGUGCGGAUCGGCGAUGUGCGCUCGGCUGUGCAAUGGCUGCAUCAGCUGAAUGCAUCGCAUCUGCCAGCGCCUCAUGUCGCAGCGUAUGAAGGGAUUGUGGCUUCAGCGAUGCAGCAGACGCCUGCUAUGGCCGCCACGCUGUUGCGUGAUACAGCACAGGCAUUGACAGCGCGCGAUGCGCCUACCUGUGGUAUGAUGCUGGCCUCCUCCCGAUGUGUCAUGCACUUAGCCAAUGUGCUUGAAAUACGAAAGGUAGAGCGCCAGCUUAGUGCUCAGGACUUGUCGUCCUGUUACGUGGCGCUGCACACGCUUGCGGUUCGCCUGUUUUCUACGUACAGCGCCGAACGUCCGUUGCGUACACGGCAACAAGCCUUACCAGUGUCGGCCAUUCUGCGACUAGCCGCGCAUCAAUCUGUCGCAGGACAAGCGGAAGAAGCUGGUGCUCUGUUUGCGUUGGCGACCAUGGCCCUUCGGCAUGCUGACUUGUCGUCCCCCUCGUCUGUCUCCCUUAUUCGCGAUGCAUGCCAUUUGCCGAUGGCCAUUGCCGAUGCAGCGUUAUCGUCCCCACAUGUGCUCAGCGAUAGCUGUAUACGCUUCCUGACGCUGGCCAUGUUGGUCAUCCCAGCGCUGCGUGGCAUGGACUGCUCGCUUGUAGACACGGCAAACACGGCACUCGUACGUGAAUUCGAAGCGGCCAGCCGCGAUGUGCAAGGCAACUUAGCAUUGCUCUCGCUUGACAGCUCAUCUUGGGCUGGUGUCGUUGAUGCUUUCCUUCGUGCGGAGCUAGCCUCGCCACGCGCGUUCCCUGGCCCGGAUGGGCAUUCAGGGUUGGGUAAGCUGCUUACGCAGCUCGCACGAAUUCCGAAUAAGCCGUCGUUGGCCCUUGAAGAGAUUGAAGCGCGUCUGCGGGAAAAGUACGGCGAACCUGGCGUACAGAUUGCCCAAGGUUGGAUGUCAGGGGGCACGCUCAAUGAGGAGGCCUCGAUUGACUCGAACACGUCGGCGCAGACGCCGGCGGCCCCCGCUCCACCGACCGUGCCAGUGGCAGACAUGGACGACUUGCACAUGCAUGGCGUAUUGGAUCCUACGUUGCCGCCAGUCAAGUCCAUUGAUGCAUCCCUUUCCAGCACUGUGCAAAGUCUUGCUCGGCCACAUGGUCAGUUUCAAGCUGAUGACCUGUACGAACGGCUGCGUUCCAGUAUGGAGAAGGGCGUAUACCCUACGCCCAGCGCGCUGGCUGUCCUCAUCAAUGCCUUUGGUCGAAACGCACAAGUGGAGCAGAUUGAUGAGCUCUACCGGAUUGGACGGCAUAUCCUUGCAUCCAAGCCCCAGAGUUCGGAUUGGUGCCUGCACAACUGGACGCAGCUGGAGGACGGUAUGAUCACAGCGCUUUCGCAUGCGAUGUUGGCGGACCGAGCCAAUGCACACCGCUUGCGUCUGAUUCGUGCCCACCAAGUCCCCAGUGCUAGUGCGUACGCUGCUCUCAUUGCGACGAUCCAGGAACGCACAGACGACGCUGUGGUCGCCGAAGAGCUCUUCCAGGAAUCGCAGCGACUUGGUGUGCGGCCCACUACGUACCUGUAUAAUACGGUGAUUUCAAAGUUAUCACGUGCGCGGAAGGUCGAGCAGGCGUUGCGUCUGUUUGAUGAGAUGCGGACAGCGAACUUGCGGCCAAGCAGUGUGACGUAUGGUGCUGCGAUCAAUGCCUGUGUACGUACGUGUGAUGAGGCUCGUGCUACUCAGCUGUUUGCCGAGAUGGAGUCACAGCCAUCGUUCCAGCCGCGUGUGCCGCCGUACAAUACGAUGAUUCAGUACUAUGUGCACUCUGCCUUGGAUCGCGAGAAGGCGUUGCAGUACUAUGAGAAAAUGCAACAGGCCGGCGUCCGUCCUAGUGCACAUACGUACAAACUGCUUUUGGACGUAUGGGGUACCAUUGAACCUGUGCAGCCCGAUCGUCAGCAGGCUGUAUUUGCACGACUCUCUGCGGAUCGGUUGGUGGGCGUGCAAGGCACACAUUGGGCGUCACUCAUCCAAACACAAGGUGUGAUGCUGCAUGACUUGGAUCGUGCGCUCGAAACAUUUGAGUCGAUUGCUGAUCGUGCACCGCCCAGCUUGCCUGGUCGCUCCGGUGGCUCGACGGUUCCUGACGCUGUCGUGUACGAGUCGCUCUUUGCGGUCUUUGUGGCACACGGACGUACCGAUUUGAUGCCUAUGUACCUUGCACGCAUGGUCAGCCAAGGCAUCUUACCGACGGCCUACAUUGCCAACCUACUUAUCAAAGGCUAUGCGCAAGAUGGACCUCUUGGCCUCGUCGAAGCACGCCGUGUCUUUGACGCGAUGAUCGAUCCACCUGCCGGCGUGGCGGCCGCGGGAAAUCACUUACCAAGACACCAUGGCGCAGGCGCUCUUGGUGUGCGGCGUGAGCGAGUCUCGCAUCGUGCGGGACGUGAGCAGGCCGUGGAUCGUACUAACAUCCUUGGCGCGUUGGUCAACCGAGAGCCCAGCACGUAUGAAGCAAUGAUUCGUGCCGAACUGGCGUUUGGGCACACUGAUCGAGCUCUGGCCAUUCUAGAAAAGAUGAAAGCACGUGCAUUCCCUGCGGCCCUAUUGCAUCGCGCGCAAGCGAUGUUUGAUCGUGCGCAGCCAUGA